UAGAAACACGGUCGUCGAGCGUCAAAAUUACGCGUCUGAUAUGUCAGUGGUUGAAUUCGAGGAAGUGUCUUGAGAAUUUCAACUAAACCAAAAAAAAAAAAGUUAAAACCAAACUUUUACUGAACGUGCAACUAUGGAUAAGUUGCGUCGUGUAUUAAGUGGUCGAGAUGAAAAUGAAGAAGCGGGCCUUACAUCACAGAUUCUGGACAGCACAACUCUCGGUUUGGGCACACGGGUGAAGUGGUUUGUCAUUUGUUUUGCAGCAGGGAUCCUGUGCUCAAUACUUGGAACAGCACUUCUCUUCCUGCCCAAAGCUGGUCUUAAGUUAUUUGCUUUAUUCUACACUAUAGGAAACAUUGCAGCACUUUCAAGCACCUGUUUUUUGAUGGGACCCCUUAAACAACUGAAGCGGAUGUUUGAGCCCACCAGACUCUUAGCCACCAUUAUGGUGCUGCUGUUCCUUGUGUUGACGUUAUGUGCAGUCUUUUGGUGGAAUAAAAAGGGUCUGGCAAUAUUCUUCUGCAUUUUACAGUUUUUGUCCAUGACAUGGUACAGCAUCUCUUACAUUCCAUUUGCACGAGAGGCUGUUAUGAAGUGCUUCACCUCCUGCUUGGGCUAAACUAUCCAGUAUUUCAUCUGAUAUCCUGCUUUGAGAGAGUUAAUACGUCAAAUAUGACUUUUUCAUUAAAUCUCUGUCCCUGCCACACUGUUCUUCUUGAUAUUUAAAAUCAUUUCCUAUAUGUCUUAAAAUACUAAUUUUAAAUACAUUUGUGAAUAUUAAGUGUGCUUAUGUUAAUGUUAUGUUUUUUUUUUCUUUUUAAGGCUGUUUUGUUAUUUUUAUUAUUUGUGUGGAGAGGUAAAAUGGUUUAAAGGGUUAAUUCACCUGAAACUACAAAUCGUUUAUCACUUACUCACUUUCACGUCAUAUCAAACCGGCAUGAUGCUCUUUUUUUCUGCUUAACUUGAGGAUAACUUCAAAAUAGCUUUGUUAUCUGUACAGUGUAAAUGAAGGGGACUGAGGCGGUCUGCUUUUAAAUCCUUUUGUUUUUGUGUUAAUAUGGAUUUGAAACAACAUGACGCUAAGUAAAAUAUAUUUCAGGUGAACUUAUCCUUUAAACAAUGCUUAAUAGUCGAUUUACUGCCAGUUAAACCAAGUGAACAACAAGUGCAUUAAUAUUAUAGUAUCAUGUUUAUGAAUGAAGUCGGGUAUUACUGUUGACUUUUUGUACAGACAAACACAUUUCUACCAAAAGCAAAAGAAAAACAUUUUCAUAUGAUGAAAUGUUACAACACACCAAAUAAAUGCAAUAUUCCUUGA